AGAUCAACCACGGUCCAACGAUGAAUAUGGGAUUUCACAUUCACUGACAUUACUGAUUUUGCUUCACGUAUCUGUGGUGAAACUAGUAACAGACUGAUCGACAUCAAAAAAUCGGUUAAACAUGACCAGAGAUCACAUAAAGUAAGAUCCUCUAUUUAGUGAAAUCUGCAUUAGAUGAAUCCAACUUUGUACUUGAUAACGCUUUUUGCUCAAUCAAGCACGACACUAGCGCUCCAAGAGGCCAGCGCAGAGUACCAAUAUUUCUUCAUGGAGCUAUCGCUCUCGUUUUACUUUUGCUGUGUGAAGCGACUGUCAGCCGUCACUCUGACAGUUUUGUGUAUUAUGUUUUGUGUUUUUGUUGUCUUUGCUUUUGUUUAUUUGCAAAAAAAGUAAACCCGGCUGUUCAAAAUACUUUAGAAUGCCUUUAAAAUAGUUUAGAUAUACAUUAUAAACACCAUGGAUUGCUUUACCACUGCUACUCCCUCGUGCCAUUGCCCUGAGGGACACGAGAACGUGAUACAAUUUUUAAAUUCGAAAGUUGAAGCUUUAUACUCGUACCGUGAUAGGUUUUUUGAAAACCAUAAAAUAGAAGAUGCAAUUUUGAAAAAUGAGGAAGUUGAAAAGUUACUGCAAACCACAAAGCAGAUAUUCAAUCAUCAUGAGGGUCUGAUAAAAGAUGAAGACAGAGCCCAAUACAACUUCUUGAUAGGGAAAAUGCUAAAUGUUGUUCCUAGCUAUGAUAAGCUUGCAGAAAAUUAUCUAUCAAAAGCGAUUAAACUUGAUCCUAAGUUAGUUGAAGCAUGGAAUGAAUUGGGCGAAUGCUACUGGAAAAAUGAUGAUAUAGGGAAGUCUACCAAUUGCUAUGAAAGGGCGCUUAAGGAGCAAAAAAACAAAAUUUCCUUGAGAAGCCUGUCAAUGCUAGCUAGACAAUCAAGAGCAAUCAGUGCAGAUGAAAAAAUGAAAAACAUAGCUAAAGGCUUAAAUUAUGCUAAAGAGGCAGUUCAGCUGGACCCCCAAGAUGGACUUUCAUGGGCUAUACUAGGCAAUGCACAUCUAUCAUCAUUUUUUGGUAUCCAGCAGAAUCCUGCAAUAUUGAAAAAAUGUUUGAGUGCAUAUGCACAAGCAGAAAAAGACUUGAUUGCUAGAACUACACCUGACGUCCAUUAUAAUAAGGGAAUAACGUUAAAAUAUGAAGAAGAGUAUGAACUAGCUCUUGAGUCAUUUAACAAUGCUUCCAUGUUUGAUCCUACUUGGGAUCCUCCUAGACUCAAGGAGCAACAGUUAGUGAGAUAUUUAAAGGAUAUUCAGGAAUUUGCGAUGAGUAGUGGAAAAAUGAAAGCCAAAAGACUGCAACAGUUGCUACAGGCAAUAGAUUUCAAACAGUUAGGGCCUUACUAUGGUGGAAGCUAUACAUCCACCACAGUCAACGAAACUGUAAAAUUAGAACUUUGCAAAUUAUCAGAAUUGAAAGCUGGUGUGAAUGCAGAGAAGGUUGUUUUAGGAAAGGUGGUCUGUUCUGUGAGGAAUGAGGAUGUUGUGCCAUUUACUUUUUGCAUGGUGGAUAAGGACGGAACCUGUGUGGUCGUGACUGUCUUCAAUCUAGCAGCUGGAAAAGGUUACAUAAUUGGCGAUUCAGUCGCUAUCCCCGAACCAUUUGUUACAGAUGUGAAUUUUUGUUAUAAAGGUGAUAAAUUCGACUUCAGAAUGAUCAGAGUGGAAGCACCGGUUGUCCUAGUUGUCAAUGGGAAGAAAGUGACCCGAGACCAGCAGGCAGGUGUAACUUUGUCCAUUUUUAAAAAGUACGACUGAACAAGACAAUCGGAGCUUUACGCAGAAGUGGUGCUGCAGGAAACGCGAUAACUGACCCGCUUAUUAAAAGAAGAUGAGAUAAAUCAAAAGAAUGUAACCCUGUAACGUCUUUGAGAAACCUUUAUAUACAACGCUAACGUGGUAUGCCCUCUUAUGCAACCUUCCAUCCUACGGCCUCCCAGAGAAGCUUUGCAGAUGGGGUGCUGCCGCCCCGACUACAUUAUCCAUGCUCGAUAUGGUUCAGAAGAGGGCUGACCGACUGAACGAUGGCUCUUCUCUAAUGGACAGCGUCGGGACCCUUUCGCACCGCCGACCGCCGGUAAUUUAGCUGAUUUCUGGCGCUAUGUCAACGGGGUUUGCUCCUUAAAUCUCUCCUUGAUACUGCUGCGCAAUGUUGCUGCUAGAUAGACCCGCCUGACUUUGGCCUCCCAUCCUAACCGUGUCGAACUUCGUACAUCAGACCUGGCCAAUACGACUGCUUCUUUGUUCCUAUAAGUCAGCGUGUUAUCAAUAUAGCCAAGUAGAAUCAAAACAAGGUUUUUUAGAUCUUAUUCAUUUAUAUGAUUUAGUUCUCUUACAGGUUUUUUCAAUACACAUUUGGG